UGUCUUUAAAGUCGUGCAGAGGGGAGCCUAUACUAAAAGGAGGGGGCUGCUGUGCGCCAGUUGGAGGUGUCUGCCUGUCGCAGCGGCUUGGGGUUGACAUUAAGAAGAGCGUGUCCAUGCUUCAGCGGGGAGAUACAGCGCGAUUUGAAGGCACUGAUACUCAGACUGAACUGGUUGCAGGCAGAUACUCAUCAGAUCAUCAGAUCGAGGAUACAUGGAUGGACAGAGAAAUAUUACAAUCGGAAUUAACUUGUCAGCCGGUGCGAGGAAUUUCUGGAUAUAAUGGGGAAUACGACACCUAAACCUUUAAUAGAUGCGACUCUGCAACCCCGCCCGGUGGCCAGCAGGCAGUACUACACCCUGCCUAACAAUGGGGCAGGUGUGGAGAGGAGAACGUCUGCUCCUCCGGUCAGCAUCAAUGUGGAGUCACCCCGAUUUCACCCCCACGCCAAAGGCAAGAAUAUCAGGCUGGAUGGGCAGCUUCGCCGAGCCACUCGCAAGAACAGCUUCUGUAAUGGCAUCACAUUCAGCCAUCGGCCUGUGCACCUCUAUGAGAAGAUGCGUCUUCGUCUGACUGGUGUGCACACUGGCUGGAGUGGAGCUUUACGCUUUGGUUUCACCAGUCUGGACCCCAGUGAACUGGUUGCUACCGACAUCCCCAAGUACGCUUGCCCAGACCUGGUGACACGUCCCGGCUACUGGGCCAAAGCUCUGCCUGAGAGACUGGCCUUGAAGGACAACGUGUUGUCAUUCUGGGCCGAUCGCCAUGGAAGAGUUUUCUACAGCAUCAAUGAGGGAGAGCCCAUCCUCUUCCACUGUGGGCUCAGCAUUGGCUGUCCUCUCUGGGCCAUCGUAGAUAUCUACGGCAUCACUCAGGAGGUCACGCUGCUCGAAAGCACGUUUGCUGAGAGUGUGGGAUCCAGCUGCCUGAGCGCGGCCCGUCUGAGCGCCUAUCUGCCUCAGAGUAGCCACGACUCAGCCAAUUACAGCAACAAUCAGCUGGAGAACAACCAGACUGCCGCUGCCAAGAUGGCCAACCUCCAGCUCAAUAACUACACUCAGCUCAUCCCCUGCUGCUCCUCCACCUCCUCCUCUUCCACACCUUCCUCAUCUGCCUCCACUGGAUUCAGCGUCCCCCGGGUUGUCCGGGGCCUUCCUUCCCCGCUGGACAAUGACUUGCACUUUCACCCUGUCCGUGGCUCUGAUGUAAUACUCUCUGCAGACCGCUCAGCCGCCUGCAUCCACUUUCUGGACAGCAGUCGGACUCUGGUGUUCAGUGACCGGCCGCUGCAUGUGGGUGAGACUUUGUACGUGGAAGUUGGCCACCUGGGUCUGCCUUACUUUGGGGCGCUGUUGUUUGGUUUAACAUCCUGUGACCCAGCUAGUCUACAUGCCGGGGACCUGCCAGCAGACCCUGAGGUUCUCCUGGACCGUAAAGAGUAUUGGGUGGUGCACCGGGACUUUCCCAUGCCUUGCUCUGGAGACGUGCUCAGCUUCAGUGUGCUGCCCAGCGGAGAGGUGCAUCACGGGGUGAACGGAGUGGGACGUGGCAGGCUGCUCUGCGUGGAUUCCUCUCAGGUUCUGUGGGCCUUUUUCACCCUGCAUGGGGCUGUCAACAGACUCAGGAUACUAGGAACACUGCAGUCCAGUCCUCCCUCCACAUCCCCCAGCACCUCCCAGAGCAGCAGUCCAGAUGACAGUGACUCAGAUCUGGCGUUCAGUGUCAACAGAUCCUCCUCUGCUUCUGAAUCCUCUCUGGUGACUGCUCCUAGCUCCCCUCUCAGUCCUCCCAUCUCUCCCAGGCUCACUGCCUCUGAACUGCCCCCUUCUGGAAAAAACGGAGAAUGCACCAUUUGCUUCGACCAAGAGGUGGACACCGUCAUCUACACCUGUGGACACAUGUGUCUUUGCAACGACUGUGGGCUGAAGCUGAAGAGACAGAUAAAUGCCUGCUGUCCAAUAUGCAGGAGGCCUAUCAAAGAUGUUAUCAAAACAUAUCGGCCAUGAUGGUCCAGAUGUUUAAACAGGUGCUGUGACUUUCAAUGCCGGAUGCCCCCUGUUUCCCCUUCUCAGGCUUUGUUGAACAGGAUCUUGACCCUAUCCGGAGAUUAGCCACACCAGGACAUAAAUGUGCCUAUAUACCCAUUUUGUAUGGGUAAAUCAUAUCUGGAGAUAGACCAGGCUCUUCACACGCAGAACUGUGACGAAGCUCAUCGUAAUACAUAGACUGCAUACAUGAGCUUCUAUAUUUUGGCUAUGGAAGAAGAGAUGAAUCAUGUGCUCCCAUUUUGUAUUUUCCAUGUGAUUACUCUUGUGUCACAUGUAUUUGCUGAGCAGAAAAGCCUGCUGUGAAUAUUUUGUCUUUACCCCGGUUGUCCUAGAUUUAUGUGUGCUUCAGCAGAAUAUGCGGACCGUAGUCUAUGACUUCUAGUGCCUUAGAUAUUUGUCACAUUGUUUGUCCAAGUAAUUAUGCUAACAAUCCUAGCCAUAUUUCAAUGUACAGUUAUGAAAGCUUGUGGUGAAAAAGGCACACAGAUACAGAAUUUAUGCAAUAAAGGCUAUAACAGUAAGUGGAAAGAUGUAAGUGUAUGUAAGUGUGUCCUGUGGCGUGCUUUAAGAAAAGUAUGUUUGGGGAAGUUUGUUUGGAAAGUGUAAAAUGUAGAAUCUGGUUUUGCACAGUGAGAGAUUAUUAAAAGUGGAUGUGAUUAAAAUGUGUCUAGCUUCAAUAAUAAGACUGAUACAACUUUUUCUGAAGGUUCACUUAAGAGAAUGUAAAGAAACAAGUUCACAACAAUCCCUUUUAUUUAGCCUUUAAAGAUCCAUUCGCUUUUUCACCUGAGUGAAGGAUCUCUUAGUAAUGAGCAAUCAGACAUCAGACUGAAGGCUAUUACAUUUAAAGAUACUACUACCAACAAUUAUUGGGAGUAAAAUUUGAAAACUGAAUUAAAAAAAGUUGCCAUGCCUUGGUUUAAGAUAUUAUUGACAUAUUUUUUAUGCCCAUAUCCUCAUUGCAAAGUUGCACUACUCCAAUGUGUAUGAGAAUGCUUUGAUGCAGUACAAAACCUCAAUCACUGAGGGACAUUUUUCCCUCUAUAUGAAAGGUAUCAGAUACAGUACAGCUGAAAACAGACUCUAGAGUCACUUCAUAUUAAGUCGAAAUGUUUUUGUGCUAUUUUUUUUUUUUAUUGACAAUGUAAUUAGAUCACAUCUUUGGAGUACGAGAGGAAAGUGGAGAACCAGCAGAAAGCCCACGCGGACAAGGGGAGAACAUGCAAACACUUAAGUCCUGAUCAUGGGGGGUUGGGGAGGGUAAGGAGGGAGGAGAGAAUGAGAGCUGAAGGAAAAAGCUCAUAGGGGUUCGGAGUAGGAUUAGUGGUUAGGGGUGACUGGUAAAGGUUCGGUCCACCCAGUUCCUCUGAAGAGCUGGAGGAAUCGUUUCCAUAGAGAUUUCAUCUUGGGUUUUCUCUGAACUUCCUUCAUCUGAUUUUCUAGAUUGAUUCAUCUCCCGAUCCGUUCAUCCCUACAUUUUGCUCUCUCUCAUUUUGCUCUGUCAUCCAGAGCCUGCCUGGCACUCCUGAGAGACUCCAUGCGGCAGGUCUUUUCCUUAUGCCACUGGAGCCUCUCCUUGUCUUCCUGCCCCUGGAUCAACACUACCUUAACUGCAGUAACUGCCCGCACUUGAUCAGCCAGGAGACAACCAGGUUAGGCAUGUCUCUGCCUCCUUCUGCUCUGUUGCAGCUUUGAGAGCUUCCUCUACUUUUCUUUAAAACCAACGUUUAAGCCAAUAUGGAUGAGAAGUCCUUAAAGAGCUCAGAAGAAAAAUCCAUGACAAGUGUGUAAACUCCAUCCACUGGUAAAUUGAAAGCUCCAGAACAGCUACUUGGACUUUGGGCUGAAACUGUUUUAACAGCUAUUGCAUUUAUUUCAUGGUCUAUUCUCCUAGCAGACUUUUCUUAUUCGUUUAGCUUUGAAGAAAAGUGUAUAUUAUGGAAAAAACUUGUGUGAUUUUGUAGCAAAGUAAAUUAUGUGUGGAAGGCUUUCUCUAUUUUUGAACUGAAACUAUAUGCAUGUGUAACUAGGCAACAGACCUUUUUUGAAGCAGUAAUUUUGACCUGUAAUAGCACAAAAAGCACAGCUGAAACAAAUUUCAUUAACGAUGGCACAGUCCAUCAAGCAGUGGUGGGGGGUGGUGGGACUUUUACAGAUGGGCAAACAGAACCCCUCACAAAAAAUAUGGACCAGACUAAAACAUACCUUUUCA